GUGAUUCUUCUGUGCACCAAGUGUACAGCUGAGCCACAGCUGCAGGGUGCAAGUGCUCUCUUAUCUGACCCUGCCUUCAGAGACCAGGUUGCUGCAGCCACAUUACAGGUCCUGCUGCAAUGUGGGAGGGAUGCAGGCUCUGCUGGAGAGGACAUCUUCACCACAUGAAUCUCCCUCCUGCCUCCACCCUUCCAGAUCUUCACAAUUUGUUUCUCUGAAUUUUUCAAUGGCAGUCUCUUUACUCCUGCUAUAAAUCUGAGAGAUUCCUAAGCAGAUGGAUAAAGUAUUUGCUAGUAGGAGUAGAUAAGAGUCAGCAUUGAACAACAACCAGCUGGCCAUCAUGACCCAUAUUUUACAUUGUUAAGGGACUGGAUUAAUAAAAACAACAGGACUAAUAAAAUCAGCAAGUGAAGAAGAGCACUGGGAAAUUUCACAGCAUGUGCAAAAGGGAGCAUGUCUCCCACCCCAAAUGAUGUUACUUUUUCUUAGGACUAGCAUGAAAGUCAUUCUAGAGAGUCAACAAAGGCUAAAUCUUGCCAAACAAACAUGGUCCCUCCUCCUUUACUGAUAUACAAAAACAGCUGAAGAGAAUGAAGAAGCAGCCUAGAGCCAGUCCUGAGAAAGCCUCAGUUAUAAAAUUACUUGAAAAAUGAAUGCAAGUUGGCUGGGAAAUGAGCAGUGUCACAGAGAUUGAACACAGGCUGUGAGUCCAUAAACAAAGAGGAGCAAAAGAUAAACAUGAACAUAAAGAGCUCAUGGGAGAAUAUCUGGGGCAUAGAUUGGGUGUAGGGAGGGGAGGAAAGGAGGACUAGAAAUCUGCCCUAAGUCUGUUUUUAUUUAAUGUCUAUUAUGAUCUGGAAGGAAGCAAUAAACACUACAUUCAUUCCAUUUAUAUUUGAUGUAACAACUCCUGUGAGUUAGAGAGGUGUUGUGUAAACCAAUGGGGACAGACACAAAACAUAAAAAAACUAAGACAGGCUGGAAAUAACAAAACAACAGCCAAGUGGAUGGGCACAAAGCAAUAGUCUGUGGGAGGAGGCUCAGCCUCACAUGCAGACAUGGAAUGGAGAGAUGUGCUUAUAGAAGGGAGGCAGAAGGUCCCAAUAACAGCAGAGACCAACAAACUGUGAUCUUAUGGAGCAGACUCAUCCCAAAGGAAGCAACAGGGUAGAGAUUGGAAGUUUUUCUGAAAAAUACCUCAUGAGGUACACUCCCUUGGAAAAGAGAAGGCCAAAGCCACAUACCUGCACUGAAGUAUGACCAUAUCAAGAGAUCUCAGUCAGGGUGGAGAUCCAGAUGUGCUGACUGCUGUGAAGAUAGGAAGGUUUUCAUUCCCUACCCACCUUUGGAAGGAGCUCACUAUGACAGGGCAGAGUCUGAGGGCUUUAUCUGAAGCGAAUUUUGAAGACAAUGAAAUCAGCAUCAACGUUGGAGGCUUUAAGAAAAAGAUGAGAUCCAACACAUUAUUAAGGUUCCCUGAGACCAGGCUGGGCAAAUUGCUGAGCUGCCACUCAAAGGAGUCGAUACUGGAGCUUUGUGAUGACUAUGAUGACACCAAGAAUGAAUUUUAUUUUGACAGGAACCCCGAGCUCUUUCCUUACGUGCUACAUUUUUAUAACACUGGCAAGCUCCAUGUGAUGGGCGAACUCUGUGUGUUUUCUUUCAGCCAGGAGAUUGAAUACUGGGGAAUCAAUGAAUUCUUUAUAGACUCCUGCUGCAGUUAUAGCUACCAUGGGAGGAAAAUGGAGCCAGACCAAGAGAAGUGGGAGGAACAAAGUGACCAGGAAAGUACAACAUCUUCGUUUGAUGAGAUUUUGGCAUUCUACAAUGACGCCUCUAAAUUUGACAAACAGCCCUUUGGAAACAUCCGGAGGCAGCUCUGGCUUGCUUUGGAUAAUCCUGGGUACUCCGUUUUAAGCCGUGUCUUCAGUGUCCUUUCAAUAGUGGUGGUGCUGGGCUCUAUUGUGACCAUGUGCCUCAACAGCCUCCCAGACUUCCAGAUUGUUGACAGCAAUGGGAACCCCGAGGAAGACCCUCGCUUCGAAAUCGUGGAACAUUUUGGUAUUGCAUGGUUCACUUUUGAACUGGUGGCGAGAUUUGCAGUAGCUCCUGACUUUUUAAAGUUUUUCAAGCAUGCCCUGAAUUUGAUUGACCUAAUGUCUAUCCUUCCAUUUUAUAUUACAUUAAUUGUCAACUUGGUGGUGGAAAGUAGUCCAACUUUAGCAAAUUUAGGCAGAGUUGCACAAGUCCUGAGACUCAUGAGGAUCUUCCGCAUCCUAAAGCUUGCUAGACACUCCACAGGUCUCAGGUCUCUCGGAGCCACCCUGAAGUAUAGCUACAGAGAGGUGGGGCUUCUUUUACUCUACCUCUCUGUUGGCAUCUCCAUUUUCUCAGUAGUGGCCUACACCAUUGAGAAAGAAGAGAAUGAGGGGUUAGCCACUAUCCCUGCUUGUUGGUGGUGGGCUACUGUUAGCAUGACCACAGUUGGCUACGGGGAUGUGGUGCCAGGGAGCACUGCUGGCAAGUUGACGGCAUCUGCAUGCAUCCUAGCUGGUAUCCUAGUGGUAGUGCUUCCCAUUACACUGAUCUUUAAUAAAUUCUCCCACUUCUAUAGGCGUCAGAAGCAGUUAGAGAGUGCCAUGAGAAGCUGUGAUUUUGGUGAUGGCAUGAAAGAAGUUCCAUCUGUCAACUUAAGGGACUACUAUGCUUACAAAGUUAAAUCCCUUAUGGCCAGUCUGACCAAUAUGAGCAGAAGUACCCCCAGCGAGUUGAGCCUGAAUGAUUCACUGCAUUAGUGUACAGGUCUGACAGCAGUUUGCAUGAGAGCUAUCAAGAGCUAUGUUUAUAAAUGUUUUCCUAUUUGUCUUGGUUUUUUUUCUAGAAGAUAGUGUUGCUGACACUGCACUUUGCACUUGAGAAACUAAAGACAUUUCUAUUACAAGUUAACAGUUUGCACACUUUCAUCCUGUUGCGUAAGGGUACUAAAUGCUGACUUUUCCAUACAAACGUUACCACUUCCAUGACAUUAGUGCUAGUGGUAUAGUGAUGAUCUGUUACUUUGUGCAUUUUCUCAUCUGAGCAGAGAAAUGAAUGUACCCAAGUGGAAUGAAAAUCUCAUCUGUGACAUGAGUAAUUAAAAAGUCACCUAUCACCUAUACUGGUGUCUGUACUAGUAUAGGACUUCCCAUGCAUUUUACAACAGUUUGAAACAGCCACCUGUGAGUCACUUAUACAAGAACACUUCUACCUGUGUUGCCGACCAGUAAUUCUUAUCACUUGCCUGAAAACACCUCUAAGUUUGCUUACUCUUGAGUAUGUGUGUUAAAAUCUGGGUGUUCUUGUUCUGAAAUGUUAUGUAUAGUGUUAUUUUUCAGAAUCUCUUGGGCAUAGACCUUCCCCUGUUUCCAAGAUUAGAUCAAUUCAGAGCCCUCUGAAGAAGGCCACCCCUCAUUUUCAGAUAGCUACAUAUUCAAAGACUACAUUUCCACAAGUGAUUCUAGCUAUGGAGGCCCAGAUAGAGCUCUCAGGAUCCCAUCUCCAGAAGGGAUCUGCUCACAGCUCAGUCCCAGUGCAGCUGCAAAUGUGUUGUAUCAGUCCAUCAAAAUGGUUUUGAGAUUAGACACAUGAGGAUGUGGGUUUUAAACAAUUAGAAGCUCCAAUGAAAAACUUGGAUUUGAUUAAUGAAGUGAAAUAUUCCCACAUGAACAGUACAGGCAGCAUUUUAGGAAUUGACAUUCAUAUACUGCAAAAAGACUAAUUAUAAAGAUGCCAUAUGUGAUGCUGAGAUAUGAAUCUAAUUUUAUCAGUAAAGCUUGAAAGCAGGUGUUGAUGACAGACAAUUCCAUUAAAAUUUCUGCCAAGGAAUCUCUAAGCAAAAAAACAUUUUCACUCAGAAAGAAACUCUCAAUUUGCAGCUAAGGGAGAGUAUAAGGGCCUAAGAAGGGAACAGAUAAAGAGCUUAAUACUGCACUAUCUGUGGGUAGAUCCUCCUACCUACUUCUGUGAUGUAGUCAAUUUAAAUCCUUUCAAGGGCUAGCAUGUACUGGUUUAAAAAAGAAAACCAUGCGAGAACAGAUCAUAUGCGAUUUCAAGAGUAAUAAUGAAUCUGCACAGAGUUGUUUUUUGAGUGCUCAGUCUCCUCCCUUACACAAUUGUAUAGAGAUCAAAUACUUGCAGUCAACAAGCUUCCCUCUUUUUAGUUCUGUGCUAGAAGACAAACUACUGGCACUCAGUGGGCAGAACAGCAUUUCUCUUCAGAGCCUACUGCUUUUCCAUCCUAUUCAUUACACAUAAAUUUCCAAUUAAUUUUUUGUUAGUUUUACUUGUGAAGACUAGAGAGGUGCAGAAAUUAAAUUCAAGCUAGUUAGAAGAGAAAUUAAAAUACUAAAGCUGAAAUUGUCUUGUUUGGAAGACUAUGUUUUUAAACCAUGACAAAGGGUGGAUCAACCGACAAAAUAAAGCAAAUAUGGUAUGAAUAGGUAACUGCCUCAUUUAGGCUAUUAGAGGUAGCAGCUUGGUCUGGAUCUUUUGACACUGUAUCCUCUCCACCUAAAAACCAGAAAGCUGAGCACCCAAGAUUGGAUUUCUGUUUGCCCAGUGAUCUGUGACAGAACACACAGUGUGAAAUAACUUUCUCCCCCACCCCAUUUCCAUUGAACACCCUCCCCUCCCAUCAGUUAGUAGAUGAUCUAGGCCACGAAGUGUGAGGGGAAAAGGUCCUGUCCAACCUUACCAAUUUUGAACACAGCCUGCAGAAGUUAUAAGUCAAUUGGCAAGCCAUUGCUUGCUGUCCCUGAAAUUGAAAGUGCCAUAUACAUGGUCCUGAAAGUAGACCUAGAUAACCUCAAUUUGGCGUCCAAACUUGAAACAUUUUGCCAAGGUUUACACUUCUGGAUAGGGCUGGUUCAAUUCAAUUUAUGCUGACUCCUAGGCAUAACUUCAGCACUGCUGUCCCUGGUUCAUACUGCAGGUAUGUAAAGUAUGACACACACACAAACAGCCACCUAACACAUGGAGCAGCAUGAGGUCACCUGUUGAACUGAAAUACCAAGAAAGAAAGAAGAGGAGGAAGAGGUGGCCAUGGGCAGCAUAUACCCUCCAGUCAGGUGACAUGCUGCAAGGGUGGCAAAUCCUCUCACUGAUGCAAAGGACACUGCAAACCAUGUCUGUUGCUUAGGGCUGUAGGAGAACUCAGCUCCAAGCAGUGGUUUUAUCUCAGUUCCAUAAACAGUAGAUUUACAGAGCUGAAAACCAGGGACUUUCAGAGCAGUUAUUUGGUGAGACCUGUAGACUUGCCAAAGAGCCACAAAUUCCCUCAGCUGUUGCUUGUUUAACAUUGCAAAUGUUGGAUUUAGCUUUGCAACACAUCAUUUCAAUUACCUAUAGCUUAUCUUAUGUUCUAGAUUUAUUAUUAUUUGUAGGGCUGAUACUGUCAUUUCUGCAAAUAUUGACUGGAAUGUGUCCAAAUUGCAUUUUACUAAAGAAAAUGAAAUACCCAAGGAAUUCCAACUUUUAUUGUACUGGUUGAAAGGAAUUUUCAUUAUUGCAUUUUUAUACAAGUGCUUUUGAUCAAAGACACUAAAUAAAUAAAGUACUGAAAUUUAAUAUGUUCUUAUUAUCAUGACAAUUACUUUACACAGUGCACAGGAAUUCCUUUCAUAAACUUAACUAAUUCCAUAUUAAAAGUAGUCACAUUUUUGCUCCCCCCUCCUCCUGAAAACUAUUCCAGAGCUGUGCUGCUCUCCAAGGCUUGCACAACCUUUAGCACAAUUUUAUUAAUGGCUGCUUUAUACCAGUAUUUUUUUUUUUGCCAACACUGUUCUUUAGCUUAAAUAUAUCAUUUUCCUCUUAGUGUAUUUAUAGACAGCAACCAUAUGGCCUUACAUACGUUUUUUCACAGGUUUAUACCUCUCAAGCUUCCCUUUAGUUUUCUUUUUGCAAGUCCUGUUCCCCUGACCACGCUAGAGGAUGUAGCCCUUUUUUUGCAUUACUUCUGCUUAGAUUUAUUAUGUUUGAGCAUUGGACAGUAUUGUACAGCAGUUUUAAUAUUUGCUUAUGACUAACAGAAUUUUUCACUGAGCAGCAUAACAAUUUAGUGAUUUAAGUAAUGUUGCUGUCUUAGCUGCCCCAAAAUAUCUAGGUAAGGAAGAAUAGGCACACCUUUCCUGCCAUUUUAUGAAGUAAUGUCUAUUCUAGGGCUCUGUGCAGUAAGUGCUGAGAAAACUUAUUUCUCAUUAAAUAAAAGCUACAGGGAAAUGUUUACAUUACACUUUGAAGAAAAAAUGCAAUCUCUCCAAAGCCUCACAGGGGAGAAGAGGUGGGGUAUUUUUUGCAUAGUCAGUACUUUUGCUGGACUUCCUCACUCACUGUUGUGUGUGAGCAGGGCACCUGCACUUCCGUAAACCACUGGAUCAGAACUGAAGGACGAGAGGACUAACUGACCACUUUCUCCAGAGUUGGAAAAUUUCUGUGGUCAGAAAUCUCCUUAGUAUGGAUGAAGAACAUUGCAUCAGCCUGUGCUCCUCCUGCCUGUGACAGUCACCUUCGUGGCACCAGUGAAAAUGCUGUGCCUACUCUUUUUCGUCUGAGAGCUUUGUAUUGUUUAAAUGAGAACUGUGGUGAUAUUUCAAAUGAGGUAACUUGCUUUACUGCCAGAAAUAAACUGUUAGAGAAUCUGGAUUUCUAGUACAAAUCUAGGCUAUUAUGAGAGUCAGAGAUGCCCUUGAGAAGCAAUAUGUUACAUUAUGUUCCUGAGAUGUAAAAUCUAUAUAUAGAUUGUGAUUAAGCUUUUUAUGUAUGUUCAGAUUUUGUAUUAUUGCCUGGUUUAUUACUCAUUUACUUUCAUCAGUUGCUGAUUCUCUCUUUCCCUGCAGACUUUCUGUUUUGGAAACAGACUGGUUUUUCCUCCCAUGUUAUAUAGAGCAUGGGCUACUUCAUGUUGCAGUCUUAAAAACAAAAAACUUUGCAUUUAGUUUUCCAAAUUUAAUACCUCCAGUAUUUGUACCUUUUUGUAUAGAACUUUGCAAGACUGCAGGGAACUACUGUAUCUGGUGCUCUUUGUACUGUGUGUCCUGUCCCAGUAGUGUGUAACGCACUCAAAAAUUCAGUUUUGUGCCACAAAAUGGAAAUUAAAUGCAUAAAAAAUAUCUUUCACCAGGGAUCUAGAACUGAUUUAAGUUUCAGGACAUUCUGAGUAUAUAUUAUAAUCAAAGAGAAGCCUGGGCCUCAUUGUGAGGAUAAGGGGUUUUUUUAAACAUGCACAUCAGGCUAGAUUUCUAUUCUUAGAAAUGCUCUUAAUUGGUGAUUGUGGUGGGGAACCCACAUUUUUCAGUUGAACAAACAGUACAAGCUUCUUGUUCUCUACCUGACAGAUUAGGGACUGAACAACAUACCACCAGCAUUUGUAGGCACUAAAUCAACUUGACAUGACCUUUCAUCUCUUCCAAAAUAACCGCAUCCCUAGAGGCCCCAGCUGUGCACAUGUAAGCAGCAGAAAGCCCCUGGAGUAACUGCUCUUGCUGUGCUGGUUAUCCAUUUCCUCCCACAAUACUCCUGACUUUAAUCUACCUUUGAUGGUGCUUUCAAACAACAUCCAACCCCAGGCAUCACUCAUAUCCCUUGGUGAGGUGUUGUGCCAGAACUAUUCUUUUCUCAUUAUGUUAUUCUUAUUUUCUUUUCCAAUUUAUGCACCUGGCUUCCCAUUAAGUUACACCAGAAAUUAAUUUGAUCUCCUGUAACUAACUUUCAAGUUGCACACUAUUCAGAUAGGGUGAAAGAAUGUUCCCAUCUGAUUUCUGAAGCAUUUUUUACUGAUUCUGCCUUUUUCCUUAAAAAAAAAAAAAAAAAAAAAAAAAAAAAAAAAAAAAAAGUUAUGCUUCUCAUCUGAGAAUAAUUUGCGGGGUUAAAAAUAGAGCAAUGGGUAAUACAUUAUUCAAAGCAACAGUUCUACAGAGCAAUCAUUGAAGCUGCUAAGAAACAUCAUUCUCAUUAAAGAUUGUGGAUCUCUUCACCUCUCAGAUAUGAAAUUAUGGGUUGUCAAGUGGAGGAAGCCACCUCCAAACAGUCUAGAAAGUGUUUCCCGAGAUCACAUGACACUGUUAGCAAAGGUCUGGCUCUGGAAUUUAUUUGCCCUGCUAGGAAUGAGGAUGGAGAAUCAUCUCACAGGUGUUGGGACUCACACUGACCUCCCACUGCAGAAAUUUGUUUGCCUGACAUCGCCUCACCCUUUACACACAACCCUAAAUCAUGUAAGUCCUCACUUGGAUAAACACAUGAAUUUGCCAUAAGAGGCAGUGGCACAAAUCCAGCACUUCAGCUUCACAGAAGUGUAAAGAA